AUGUCCGCGCAAACGGAGCAGGAAAUAGAGCUGAGCGCAAAGGCGCUGCUGCUUCAACAAAAUAAAACUGAAAUAAAUAGCCUGAAGGGGCGCGACAGCGCCGAAGCAGAGCCAAUAAGCUCAGCCUCGCCUGAAGUAUUGGACAGGAGCGAGGAUAAGCCACUAAUGCUCGAGGCCAGGCACACGCUUUCUAUCGCCGAAACGAAAAAGCGGCGUGCUAGUGUCUACUCCAGCGAGAGUUUAUUUAUACCCAAGGAGCUGGCCCGAUCGGAAAUUAGCUUGCGGAAAAAGGGGCGCUACACAAAAUUUAAGGCGAUGAAUAAAAAUGAAUGUUCCAUCCGCAUGCUGAAGUUUCCCGUUUUAUCUGGUCGAGCCCGCUUGGUGGCAAGAAAACUGAGACAGAAACAAAGACCACAAUUAGUUGGUGAAUUUGCUUUUAAAAUGGAGAAUAAUAGCGGAGUUAAAGCAACCGGAGAGCAAAUGAUAGGGUUCGAAAAUAAUACGGACGCCAAAUACACACUUAGCUCUCCAUUGUUGCGCAGUAUGCCCGAUUUGAAUGCGGAAAUUAAUAAAAGCCCAACGGAUGGGCAGUUGAGUAGCGACGAUGAGAUAAGCAUUGUGUUCUUUGGCAUCGUGAAGAAAGAAAGCCAGGAACUCUCGCCAUGCGAAAACCGGCUAAACAAUGCAUUGGAAAUUAGCAAGGAAGAGCCGAGCAGCCAUCAUGAUGGGAUAAUCAAAAUAAACAAUUUCAGUUGGCACAGUCCUCACUGCUCUGAUGGUGAAAUGAAAAUGGGCAUUUUAAAGGACUUGGAAAAGUUUAUCAUGCAAAACCAUGAAUCCAAUAUGGAAACUUCAACCAUCUCUUUAGAUGGGGGGGAAGAGACAGCUCAGGAUCAAGUGAAAGCCAAAGAGCAGCAAACUGAGAACAUUAGCGACAUAUUAUAUUCAAUACUUCAAACGGGUCAAAGUCAACUGGACAAGGACUCUCAGCCGACAACAUCUUGGACGGCAAAGUUGCAGCAACAGCCACCGAACGUCGACCAACAAGAAGCAACAGUUGAACAACAAACUUACCUAGAACUGCAACAUCAAUCAACUUUUUUCAAAGAAAAAGAACAGUACUCGCCAUACUCGCUGCGGCAACAAUCAAAUAUGGAAGCACGAAGCUCUGUGCCCAUAAAUCAGUCGAGAGACGAGCCUAAUCUCCAAGUUUCCAAUGCGACCAUACUUGCCGAACUGCCCACAGUAGCAGCAAUACAGACGCCUUGUCAAUCGGAAAUAAUGCAGCCAGUCGAUUAUCCCGUAAUGUAUAGUAACCAAAUGCUGCAACAAUCUUGCGAUAAAGGGACAGAAAAUAUGCCGAUCACAAACCAACAGCAACAGCAAUUACCGGAAACAACUUAUUCUCCAACUGUCAGCUCUACGAGACUGUCCCAAAAUAUGCCCAUUCUACAGCAGCAGCAGCAACAGUUGCAACAACAACAUAUGCAGCAACAAGCGUUGCAACAGCAACAGUUGCACCAACAACAGCUGCAACAUCGACAGUUGCAGGAGCAUCAGUUGCAGCAAAAGCCUCAGGAGCAACUACAACAACUUCAAGUAUAUUACCAUCGCUUGAAGUGCCACAAACAUGAGCAACUGAAGCAGCUAGGAGCAAGGCAGACCAAGAUCUGUGCAGAGCGCGAAGAAUGUGUGCGCAGGCAUGCGGAGGAGAAACGCUUAUACGUGUCCCAAUUGGAGAAAUUCAAACGGAAUGAGGAGAGCUUGCAGGCAGAAAAGAAACGCUUAGAGACCAAAAUAGAGAGGAAACUGAAUCAUUUUGAGCAAUUAAUGAAGCAACAAUUUUGUCAGUUGCAGGAACAGUACAGAGCGCAACAAUACCAGCAAUGGAGACAGUCUCAAGACCAAUACCUUCUGCUGCAGCAACACCACAAAUCCAUGACAUUAAGACCGGAACUAAAUCGCAGUGCUUGUGUACCACAACAGCCAACAGAACCGCCUCCAUGGUAUCAGCGACCAUAUCAGCAAUGGUGUUCAGACCUUGGAACUGUCAUUAUUCCAGAUCAGCGACCCUACAACCACCCUACCUUCUGCCCAGCCAAUUGUCCAGGCUCAUUCCCAUCCGUUCCAGGCUUAACACAAGCAGCAGUCGCCCCAUCUCAGUGUCCACCUACACCAGCCCAUCCACAACAUUUAGCGCCCAUGACCGUAGAAUCGCUGCCCAGUUUUUCGCAAUUGAAUUACAUACGUCAGAGCAAUAUGGGUCCACCACCAACGAAAUCGCGAUUGUCAACCAAGCCAGAGCCAACGCUUAAGCCAUUGCAUCCACUUCAACCUCCUCCUCUUCAGAAUCAACGCAAAGCAUCCGGACCAGUUCCAACUAACAAUCGUAUCAUGCGACGGCGGCACACCAUCGACCACAGGGCGCACAGCGACCUUCUCCAUCUCUCCCAACAGUCCAACCACCUGCAGCAUCAACCGACCAGCCAGACCCCACAGUUAAGAGCAUUAAAUCUGAGUACGCAUAUAUCUAGCCCUAAUGACUAUUUUAAACGGCCAGACCCCACUCCACAGAAUGGUCACACUUAUGGUCAGAGAAAUAUCGGACCAUCAAUGAUAUAAAUCAUAAGCAUCAGUAUUGAAUCUGUUGAAUUAGUCGGCCCCCCAAUAUGCUUCCAUUAAGAAAAAUACGGACCUUCUUAGAUUUUGUAACA